CACUGAAGACUGGCAGGCGAAUAGAGGCUAGUUAGCUAGUCAGGUGCUAACUCAGCUAAGUGGUAGCAUUGUACCUUCCUCCUCCGGGCACCGUGAUAAUGGUGCUGACGUAAGACGCGAACCCGAAGUUAAACCCGGUGGCAGGUCGUAGUUCGGGUUGUUCGUAAUUAGCUUAGCGAGGUGUUGCUAACACGGAAGGCGUCCACACACACACACACAGAGUAAUCAAUGGUUAGCUCAACACACAGCACAGGCUUCUCAUUGUGAGGAGACAUUUCCCCCUGAGCUGAGGACAGGAUGUCUAAACGUCUGAGAAACACUGAGCUCUGCGCUGAUUGUAAUGUCCCAGAACCUCGUUGGGCCUCCGUGAACAGGGGCGUGUUGGUCUGCGAUGAGUGCUGCAGUGUUCACCGAAGUCUUGGAAGACAUAGCUCCCAAGUCCGCCACCUGACGCACACGCCGUGGCCUCCCACACAGCUUCAGAUGGUUCAGACAUUAUACAGCAACGGUUCAAAUUCAAUAUGGGAGCACUCCCUCCUGGACCCUGCAUCUGUGAUGAGCGGGAAACGCAAGGCCAACCCUCAGGACAAACUGCACCCAAACAAAUCAGAAUUUAUAAGAGCCAAAUAUCAAAUGCUGGCAUUCGUCCAUCGCAUGCCUUGCCGAGAGGACGACAGCUCGACAGCCAAGGAUCUAAGUAAGCAACUUCACUCCAGUGUACGCACAGGGAAUCUGGAGACUUGUUUGAGGUUGCUAUCCCUUGGAGCACAAGCAAACUUUUUUCACCCCGAAAGAGGAAACUCUCCCUUGCAUGUAGCAGCAAAGGCAGGGCAAGUAUCUCAGGCUGAGCUGUUAACUGUUUAUGGGGCAGAUCCUGGAGCCCCUGACAGCAAUGGCAAAACGCCCAUUGACUGUGCAAGGGAAGCUGGCCAACAUGACCUGGCAGAAAGACUGGUGGAGAUUCAAUUUGAACUAACUGAUCGACUGGCGUUCUACUUAUGUGGGAGGAAACCAGAUCAUAAAAACAGCCAGCACUUCAUUGUUCCACAAAUGGCCGACAGCAGUUUAGACCUAUCAGAACUGGCCAAAGCAGCAAAGAAGAAACUACAGUCUCUCAGUAAUCAUUUAUUCGAGGAGCUGGCCAUGGACGUGUAUGAUGAGGUGGACCGACGAGAGACGGAUGCAGUGUGGUUGGUCACACAGAAUCACAGCACCCUGGUGACAGAAACCACCGUGGUGCCUUUCCUGCCUGUGAAUCCAGAGUAUUCAUCAACACGAAACCAGGGACGACAGAAACUUGCAAGAUUUAAUGCACAUGAAUUUGCAACUCUGGUGAUCGACAUACUAAGUGAUGCUAAGCGCAGACAACAGGGGAACUCAGUGGCCAGUCCCAAAGACAAUAUUGAACUCAUCCUGAAGAGUGUGGCUAUCAGGCACUGUAGCGACAGCCAGGACAACGACCAGCCUGACUAUGAUAGUGUGGCGUCGGACGAGGAUACAGAUCCAGAGCUCAACUCCAGCAAAGGAGACAGGACCAAGAGUCUGGACUCUGACCUCUCAGACAGCCCCAUUACUAUGCAAGAAUACUUGGAGGUGAAACACGCGCUCUCAGCCUCUGAAGCCAAGAUUCAGCAGCUCAUGAAAGCCAAUAACAACCUGAGCGAUGAGCUGAGGCUGAUGCAGAAAAAGCUUCAAUCUCUGCAAAGCGACAACUCGUCUCUCAGGCGGCAGGUCACACCCAAUAUCUAUCAGAUCCCCAGCGGUUCAGACUACCCUGACCCUUCCAGUCCCUCAGCCCUGAAACGCCGGCAGUCUGCACAGGCCAGUCGGCCCAUGUCUAUGUAUGAGACCGGCUCAGGCCUGAAGCCCUAUCUCCCUAAAGGGGAAACUUCCUACCCUGAGGAGGGUAUCCCCACCAUGCAACCCUUCCCACCUCAUACGGAAAGAGGCGCUUUUGUGACCGCCUCUUCAUCCCUCCCCUCAUUUCCAUCAACCAUGUCAUGGUCGAAGGACGAAAGUGCUCAAAAGGCCUCGAGGUUUGAGAAGCAGAGCAGCAUGCCGGAAAGUGACUAUGACAACACGUUCUACGACUCUGAGCUGGAUGAUUCAGGCUUGUGCAGGAGAGGGAGGCUGAGGAGCAGUGGCUGGCUGGGGGAGGGCAGCUCCAUCCCCGAGCUGGACGCUCUGGAGACGGAGUCGGACCCCACGCUUCCCAGCACGGAGGACGUCAUCCGCAAAACCGAGCAGAUCACCAAGAACAUCCAGGAGCUGCUGCGUGCUGCUCAGGAGAACAAACACGACAGCUUCAUACCCUGCUCAGAAAGAAUAUAUGUGGCUGUAACAGAAAUGGCUGCCCUCUUUCCCAAGAGGCCACGCUCGGAGACCGUGAGAAGCUCCCUGCGCCUGUUGACCUCCAGCGCGUACCGGCUCCAGGGCGAGUGCAGGAAGGCGGUGCCCUCAGAGGGCUGCCCGGCACCGGACAUGCAGCUGGUCACUCAGCAGGUCAUCCAAUGUGCUUAUGACAUCGCCAAGGCCGCCAAGCAGCUCGUCACCAUCACCACAAAGGAGAACACCAACUAACAGCACUUACAAGGCUGCAAAGCCGCUCAGCAUCUCAGUUCUUUUUAAUAUAUAUUUUUUCCAAAUCCUUUUGCUGAUUUUUGUUUUUGUGGUAUAUGCAUGCAUUUGUUUGUUUUUUAACUUAUGAAUAGGUAUUGACAUUAUUUAAAGCCAGCUCUGAGUUUCAAGGGAAAAAGUCAGCAGCUGUUUUUUGGGAUAUUCAGCGGUUGUAAUAGCACAAUUUCUCUUGAGGUGAAGAUGACAUGCAGCAAGUCAGGGAAAUACAGAGGCUUCUAGAUUUGUCGCUGAAACUUAGAGUAAAAGUUGCUCUAACUUACAAAUAGUCUUCAAGCACAUUACAUUGAACUUAUAUGGUGAUACAGGUAUAUGUUAUCGGUCCAAAGCAAGGCACAGAUUUUUAAAAACCACAAAUGUCAUUGAAUGCUGUUGUUAACACUCUUGUACUAAAGGAGCUUCCUCUGAUUAAUUAAACUGGAAGCAUCAUCAUCGUACUGUUAAGUUUAAUCUUCAGAAACAGAAUAAUUAGGUAACUUCCAUUAAAUAUUGGGAACUUCAUUACAUCACACAUUGCAAUGCUAAUGUUUGUUGCAUUAAAAAAAGCCAUUUACACAGUGUGUCCCCUGUCCCAGUGUAACCCAGUGUGCAGUGCACUUAUCACAGAGAAAUUUGCCCUGUUAGUGAACUUGUUUAGGAGGCAGGUUGUGAUCUUAACCAAAGCCAGGAUGUUGUCAUGAUUUAGUGUGUCUCCAACAGGCUAUAGACUGCACUGUAUUCUGGGCUUCCAUGUACCAUUGCAGUGUUGGUGAUGUUACAGCAUAUAUAGAGCUAAGAGCCAUACUGUACGUACGUCCAUGUGUUUUCUGCUCUGUUCCGUUGCUGCUAGUUUUUGUAUUAAUGUGCAACAUGUGGGAUCGAGCUGUAGACACCUGCCCUGAUAAUGUGCUUCCCAUCAUUCAUCCUCACUCAAGUGUUUCAUCGUCGUUCUGAAAUCGGAUCAAGGUUAUUUCAUUGAAUGCAGUUCAAAGUCGGACUUUGGAAAAAUAACUAUUUUCUAAAUAAAC